UUAGAUAAGGAAACAUGAUAACAUGAUACAAAACUCGUCUUGAGAUGAUGUCCAAGAUAUAAUAUAUAUAGUAGUUAUAUUUGUGUAGUUUUAUUAUCACUUGAGAACACACAGAUGGACAUCAUCUCAGGACAAGCUCUGUUUCUUUUCUUUUGUUUUAUCUUAUCAUGUUUCCUUAUCUUCACAACCGUAAGAUCCCGAAGGAGCUCUCACGGAGCUGCAGCGCUGCCUCCGGGACCUCCACGGUUACCCAUCAUCGGAAACAUGCACCUAGUGGGAAAGAACCCACACCGCUCAUUUGCCCACCUCUCGGAAACAUAUGGACCAGUCAUGAGUCUUAAGCUUGGAUGUCUAAAUACAGUGGUCAUAGCUUCACCAAACGCUGCGCGAGAGGUUCUACGAACACAAGACCAAAUCUUGUCUGGCCGCUACUGGAAUGAAGCCGUACGAUCCAUUGAUCAUCAUUCUUUUUCUGUCGCUUGGCUUCAUCCAUCAUCUCCUCUUUGGAGGCUGUUGAGGAAAAUAUCAGUUACUCAUCUGUUCUCACCACAGCGUAUCGAGGCCACCCAAGCUCUACGGAUGAAGAAGGUGCAAGAACUAAUCACCUUCGUGAGUGAAUGCAGUGAUAGAGAAGAAGCUGUUGACAUUUCUCGUGCAUCCUUCGUCACAGCCCUCAAUAUUAUUUCUAAUAUUUUGUUUUCAAUCGACCUCGGUAACUACGACUCCAGGAAGUCCAGUGACUUCCAGGACAUGGUGAUUGGUGUCAUGGAAUCUGCAGGAAAUACAGACCUUGCUGACUUUUUCCCAUUUAUGAGAUUUCUUGACGUGCAAGGUACUAGAAAGAAGUUCAAGGACUGCUCGGAGAGGUUGUUUAGGGCUUUCAGAAGAUUGUACGAUGAUCGAAUCAAGGGAAACUCAUUGCAGACGGAGGAUAAAGAUGUUUCGAGCAAGGAUUUUCUGGAUGCGCUUAUUGAUCUCAACCAAGGAGAUGAAGCUGAGCUAAACAUGUAUCAGAUUGAACACCUUCUUCUCGAUAUGUUUGCAGCAGGCACGGAUACAAGCUCUAGCACCCUAGAGUGGGCAAUGGCAGAGUUACUUAAUAACCCUAAAUCACUAGCCAUAGCUCAAGCCGAGAUGGAUUGUGUGAUAGGCCAAAACGACAUCAUUCAAGAAUCUGACAUCUCACAUUUGCCGUAUUUACAAGCAGUUGUGAAAGAAACUUUCCAAUUUCAUCGUGCUGCUCCAUUUCUCGUCCCACGUAAAGCUGAAGCUGACGUGGAGGUUCUUGGGUUCAUGGUGUCUAAAGACACUCAAGUUCUUGUGAACGUUUGGGCUAUAGGACGAGAUCCAGCAAUGUGGGAGAAUCCAAUCCGGUUCGAGCCAGAGAGGUUUUUGAGUAAAGAGACUGAUGUGAAAGGUAGAGACUAUGAGUUAACACCUUUUGGGGGCGGACGAAGAAUCUGUCCGGGGCUGCCUUUGGCUGUGGUGACUGUGUCACUCAUGCUUACUUCACUUCUUUAUUUCUUUGAUUGGAAGCUUCCAAAUGGUGUUGCUUCUGAGGAUUUGGACAUGGACGAGACAUUUGGUAUUACAUUACAUCGGACCAACCCGUUACAUGCCGUUCCUGUCAAGAAACGCGCAUAUAAGUAACCAUUGUACUAUUGCUAUCUCUUGUUUUUCUUUUGGGUUUAAAUGUAUAACUUGUUGUUUAAAAGUUUCCAUCAACCCGUAAUACAUAAAAUAAAAAUAUCAUCAGGGUUGAAGAAGUAUACUAAAGUUUGUUCCAA